AUGAUAUGCAAUUUAUGGAAACUGGUGGAAAAUUGAGGCCUGAUAAUCUCUCUUUCCAAAAGUUUAAAGUGUUCUUGAACAAAGCUUAGGGAGCUGCUGCAGAGUAAAGCAUGACGAAAACAGAGAAACUUUUGGAGGAUGUUUCUCAGUUACCCAUUUUUUCAUGACUAAACCUGAACCAAACCUUUUAAGUUCAUGUUAGUGCAGGACCUGAACCCAGUCCAAACAAAAGCUUUCUAAUCAACAAGAAUUGGUUUACUCAUUAGUCUGGUUGCAGUCAUAGAAACAGAGGCCCAGUUGUUUUUUCAAGCAGUCAUGACAUUGAUGGAUUGGUAGAAUAGAAGGGUAUUGUGACUUGGGUGGUUUCUCCACUCUGUAGAAGGGAAAAGUUCAGUUGGCCAUGGAAGUUAUUCUACAUGAUAGUAAAGUUGGGAUUCCUGGUUACAGCCUCUGUAGCAGUCUAUGCAGUUCAGCAGCUUAGUAUCAAGUCUUUGCAGCCGCCAGCCUCACCAAGAAAGUAUUCAGAAAAUGGUGAAAUAUCAUCCAAACAUGAUCAGAAUGAAAAAGGAGAUAAAGAGCACUUUAUAGAUUUUAGUAGUGCCACAGCUAAGAAGGAUGGAGAGAAGGUUACAGGAAUCAGUAAUGCAAGGAGCUCAAAUUCAAAAAACCCUUCUGCUUUUGAUGAUGAAAAAGAACCAAUCUUACCGGAGUUUCGGUAUAAUUACCCAGCAAAAGUUGAGCUUUUGCUAUCUGAUGAGAAGUUUGAUGCAACAAGCAACUUUCAGGCCAAGAAAGACAAUUCAGUAUAUAAAAUAAGUCGGGACGAUCAUGUUACUGAACUGGUACAAUUGCAGAACCAAAUAAAGGAACUGGAGGGGAGUAAACUGAAACUCGAAAGGAAAUUACUCAAAUCCUAUAAGCUGCAAGAACAAGAAUCAGAACUCGAUGAGCUACAGAGACAUUUGAAGAUUAGGACAGCUGAGAUUGAAAUGCUGCACGUUACUAUUAACUCACUGCAGGAGGAGAGGAAGAAGCUUCAAAAAGAGAUUGAAAAGGGUGUACCUGCAAUGAAGCAACUGGGGAUGGCAAAGAGAAAGAUUAGGAGGUUGCAGAGUCAGAUUGAGAUUGAUUCAAACCAGAUGAAAGACCAGGUGCUGAUGCUUGAACAACAUAUUAACAGCCUUCCGUCGGAGACAGUUACUCAAAGAGAUACAAAGGUGGAUAAGCAUGUCAAAGUUCUUGAAAUAUUAGAGCUCAAAAUUCUGGAGCUGAAGAGAAAGAACAAAGAACUUCAGCUGGAGAAGAGGGAGUUAACACCCAAAUUGAUUGCUGCCAAAUAUAAAAUAACUGCCUUCUCAAAUAUGACUGAGGGUGAAAUAGUUUCAGAAAUGGAGGAGGAGGUCAAUAAUUUAAAGAUUGCUAAUGAGGACCUCUCAAAGAAAAUAGAGAGAAUCCAAAAGGGCAAGUUCAGUGUAGUCGAGGAGUUGGUAUACCAGCUUUGGGUCAAUGCUUGCUUGAGGCAUGAAAUUCAAAACCACCAAAGGUGCAGUAUGAGUUUGGGUCCCAAAACUCAAGAGAAUGUUGAGAAAAAAUUGGCAGGGUAUGCUACACUGGACAGUGGGCAGGUAGAUGUGGAUCUCAAUAGAAUUUCUUCUCAAGCAUCUUACAAUGAGAGUGAGGAGUUUGACAAUACUACCACUGAGAGCACUACUUGCAGACCAACUGGAACUAGUAACAAACAUAAUUUACUUCAGAAGAUAAAGAGGUGGGGAGAAAGCAAGGAUGAUUCAAGCACUUGUUCACCCUCAGGGAGCUACUUUGAAGGAAGUUCUUCAAUUAGGAGUAGUCUGAACCAUAGAUCAUCGAUGUCAACACAUCCACCAGAGGCAUUUAUACUAAAUAAUGCAGAUGAUUCGGGUGUCACUUUAAUUGUAGAGAAGCAAGAUUCUACAGAAUCUCUAGAAACAUCGAACCUGCAGCGCAAAAGGAGAGUAUCUUUUAACGAGCCAGUAGACGAUGCGGAAGCAUCAGUUGGAAAGAUGCCUAAAUCAGUUGAAGGAGUGUUGAUUGAUAAUAAACAUCCAGUGCAUAAGGACUAUUAUAAAUUGGCCCUGGAGAGUGAGAAUUCAAUCAAGGAGGAAGCAAAGCAACCAAGAACAAACAGGGUAAAAGGCAGUUUAAAUUUGAAUUUGAACUCUGGAUCUCAAGCUGAGGUAAACGGAACUGAGCAGAUAUGUGGAUCUGGGAAUUCAAUUGAGCAACCCAGUGGCAGUCUCAUGGUUGAUAAACGAAUGUUGACCAAGAUGAAAACUGACCACUCAGAGAUGUGGGAUCUAAGAAGGUCCACCUCACCAUCCAAAAACCAUAACAAGAUUGACACACAAGAGCUUCAUUUUGUCUAUAUUUUCUACUUCUUGCUGCUGAUAUUACUUGUAUAUCUCUUAUUCCAAGUUGUUGGAGUUUUCUAAAGCUGUUCUCUGGAUCUUGGUGCAUAA